AUGGUUAAUCGUAAAAACAUACUUUACUUAUUUGAUGUUGACGGGACUUUGACGAAACCGAGACAAAUAAUAUCAGAAGAUUUAAAAUUAUUUCUCCUUAAUCAUGUUAAGCCCGAAGUUGCUAUAGGAUUGGUAAGCGGAUCAGACUAUUCAAAAAUAGUCGAACAAAUGGAUGGCGAAGAUAUAACAAAUCAAUUUGAUUAUGUGUUUUGUGAGAAUGGGGUGAUGCAAUAUCAGCAAGGCGAGCUUAAGAACACACAGAGUAUUCUAAAUCAUGCUGGCGAGAGAACAUUACAACGUGUUAUAAAUUUUGCCCUUGGAUAUAUGUCCAAUAUAGAAUUACCAGCAAAACGCGGAAAUUUUGUUGAGUUUCGGUCUAGUAUGAUCAAUAUAUGCCCAGUGGGACGCUCUUGCAACCAGAAUGAAAGAGAUCAAUUUUCACAAUUUGAUAAUCAACAUAACAUUAGAAGUAAGUUUGUUGAGGCUCUACAAAAUGAAUUUAAAGAUACGGAUCUUAAAUUUGCGCUUGGUGGUCAAAUCAGUGUGGAUGUAUUUCCUAAGGGUUGGGAUAAGACUUACUGCUUGAAACAUGUUGCAGAUGGAAAUUUUAAGGAAAUUCAUUUUUUUGGUGAUAAAACAAUGCCAGGAGGUAACGAUUACGAAAUCUAUAGUGACGAACGAACCAUUGGACAUAAAGUUUCUUCACCCCAAGAUACCAAAGAACAAAUAAAAAAACUUCUUAGUAUUUUAUAA